AAUUAAUUUGUUCUUUCGAACUGUCGUAGCUCGAGUUUCCAGCUCUGACUUGGGAAUCAAGGAAGCCCCGAGCAUUACGAUCCGGGAGACGCUAACAUUGCGUGUCGCGUUCCUUUAUAUUUUUCAAGUCACUGAUUCAAUCGGAUUGGGGGGAAAUUCUUUUUUGCAGAGCUCAGCUUGGCGAGAAACAUUCAGCGACGCUUGACGCCAAGGAUAUUCUGUUGUCGAUCUCCAUUCAGACAACCACCUGCCGCCACAAUACCACUUGAUUUGUCGCAACGCAAUAACUUCUUGAGUGCGGGCCAUCAAACUCGAGGGCCAGCCAGCAAAGAACCAUGGGUGGUAUUCCCUCCAAGCCCCAGGAGGGCAAGUCUUUGAAGGUGAUUGGGGCUGGAUACAGCAGGACAGGCACUGUUUCAAUGCAGAUGGCCCUUGAGAAGCUGCUCGACGGGCCUGUAAUGCACGGCGGCACCACAAUACUCGGUCGCGAAGACGAACAUUGUAAAAAAUGGGUACAAGCAUACCGCGCCAAGCGUUCGGGUGAUUUCGCCCUCAGCUGCGACCUGAUACGGGAGCUGACGGCCGGCUUUGUGGCCGUGACCGACAUGCCGCCGCUCGACUUCAUCCCGGAGCUGAUGGCCGUGUACCCGGAGGCCAGGGUGGUGCUGGUCACGCGGGACCCCGAGUCGUGGCUGGCGAGCAUCCGGCCGGUGGCCCGCAACAGCAGCCUGGAUAAUUGGUUGGUUCAGUACGCGCUCUGGCCGAUCCCCGGCUGGAGGCACUUCCCCGCCCUGAGUGCGGAGUUUGGCACCAGCACGAAGGAGUAUCUUGGGAUUGUGGACGACUCCAUUACGAAUCCAUUGCCUUGCGUCGAAUUGUUGCAAAACUGGAAUGCAAGGGUGAAAGCCACAGUACCAGAGGAUAAGCUUCUCGUCAUGGAGCUCAAGCAGGGGUGGGAGCCUUUAUGUGGAUUCUUGGAUCUCCCCGUGCCGGACGAGCCGCUCCCUCGGGCCAACGACGCUACCGCCGCUGGAGAAGCCUAUCAGCAGAUUUCGGACCGGGUCCGGGAGAUUUGGCUCAACGGAUUCGCCGUCGCGGGAGUGGUGGGCUUUGCUGCUUGGAAGACUUGGGCUGUUUCCAGGCGCUAAGGAGUUCAAAUAGGAAAUUGUGGCUUGGGAAUAUAAACUUGCAAGUCAGCCAUUGCAGCAUGUACGCAAUUAGCGAUCCUAUUUAAAGUAAGCCUUGAAACCUAAUUAUAUCCAUCAACCAGGGUAGGCGGCUCCCAUGGGCGAGGUGGAAUUUGUAUGUAUGGUAAUUGUUUAGUCGAUAACGCUGUCAUGCUUUUCUUUCGGGCGUUUUACCCUUUUGGUUCCCCUUGUUCUUCCAAUUAGGAACAAAGAUAGAUUUUGACUUUUCGUAACUGCCGGUCGGUGUUGACAUGAUCUCCCUACUUUUUUUUUCUUUUUUUUUUCUUUUUUUUUC